AUGGCAGCGGCGCGGCUGGGCCCUGGUGUCCACCACGGCAAGCCGGACUCAGCGCCACCACCGUGGACUCACCCUAUCGGCGCUCGAUUACCUGCGCCUUGUCACGUGGGCUUCUUGUUACGCCCCCUCCUGACGCACAGGCUCUUAGCAACCGGCCGGCUGCCCUGUUUCCAAGGACGCGCGAGCCUCCAACUUCCGGCCGCGAGAGGCGUGCCCAGGACCCUGACCCGGGAAUCUCUCGCGCCGCCCCAGCAGAACCGGACUCGGAUCCGCCAGCAGCCGGAGAUGAAUGGCAGUGACUCCUCCGUCAUGGCCGUGAUUGUGCACUACAGCCUGGAAAGGUGCUUCCGCCACGUGCAGCAGGCCGCCGCUCUGGGCCUGGAGAGGUUCAGCAAUGACCCCGUGUGGCACUUCUUCAGAGCCUACGGAGUCCUCAGGGAAGAACGCAUCCAGGAUGCCAUCAGCGAGCUGGAGAGCAUCCGGAAUCACCCGGACGUGGCCCUGUGCUCCAUCAUGGCCCUGCUAUACGCCCACAAAUGCUGCGAGACCAUCGACCGAGAAGCGAUCGAGGAGCUGGAGAGCAGCCUACAGGAAACCCACAGGACAGCCAGUGGGUCGGCGCAGUACUACGCCAGCCUCUUCCUCUGGCUCAUGGGCCACCACGACAAGGCCAAGGAGUACCUUGACCACACACUGAAGGCCUCCACUGGCUCCAGAGAGGACUCUGUGCUCAAAGGCUGGGUUGACCUCACCUCCGACAACCCCCUCGUGGUGAAGAAAUCCAUCAAGUACCUGGAACAAGGACUUCAGGACACCAAAGACGUGCUGGGGCUGAUGGGAAAGGCCAGGUACCUCAUGACGCAGCAGAAUUACUCAGGGGCCCUGGAGGUGGUGAACCAGCUCACGGUGGCCUCGGGCAGCUUCCUGCCUGCCCUCAUCCUCAAGAUGCGGCUGUUCCUGGCUCAGCAGGACUGGGAGCAGGCGGUAGAGACGGCACACAGAAUCCUGGAGAGGGACGAGAACAGUAUUGAUGCCUACCAAAUGCUGGCUGUGCACGAGCUCGCAAGAGAAGGCAACAUGACCACUGCUGCUGAUCAUGUUAGCAACCUGAUUAAGGCGCUGGAGAUGAGCGAGCCCCAAAAUCCAAGACUCCAUCUGGAAAAAGUUCUGGUGGUUAGCAGGCUGUGUGGGAGGCACCAGGCCGUUCUCCAGCUGGUGGGGAGCUUCAUGGAGCGCAUCUUCCUGGCCACCCCCUCCUACGCCCAGGCGGCCACCGAGCUGGGCUACCUCCUCGUCCUGCGGAACCAGGUGAAGGAGGCGUUUCUGUGGUACUCAGAGGCCAUGAAGCUGGACGAGGGCAGCGUGGCUGCCUUGACAGGGAUCAUCUGGUGCCAGAUCUUGGAGGGCCACCUGGAAGAGGCGGGGCACCAGCUGGAAUUCCUGAAGGAGGUGCAGCAGUCCCUAGGGAAGUCGAAGGUGCUGGUUUUCCUCCAGGCUCUUCUGGCCUCCAGGAAGAGCAAGGGGGAACAGGAGGUCACGGCGCUGCUCCAGGAGGCCGUGGAGCUCCACUUCUGCGGCAUGCGAGGCCUCCCCAUGGGCUGCGAGUACUUUGAAAAGCUGGACCCGCCCUUCCUGGUCUGCGUGGCCAAAGAGUACUUGCUCUUCUGCCCUAAGCAGCCCCGGGCACCCGGCCAGAUCGUGGCUCCACUUCUUAACCAAGUCACCGUGAUCUUGACUCCUGUGGUCAAGGCAGCACCAGCUCUGCUCGACUCCAUGUAUGUGAUGGCUCAGAUCAAGUAUCUCUCAGGAGAACUGGAGAAUGCCCACAGCACCCUGAAGUGUUGCCUGGAGCUGGACCCCACCUUUGUGGAUUCCCACCUCCUCAUGGCCCAGAUCUACCUGGCUCAAGGCAACUUUGCCAUGUGCUCCCACUGCUUGGAGCUGGGUGUCAGCCACAACUUCCAGGUUCGAGACCACCCCCUCUACCACUUCAUCAAGGCCAGGGCACUCAACAAGUCCGGAGACCACGCAGAGGCCAUCAAGACACUGAAAAUGAUCAUGAAGCUGCCCACUGUGAAGGUGGAAGAAGGCAAGAAGUUCCGGGGGCACCCUGUGCAGCCCAGCGAGCGGGUGUCCAUCCUACUGGAACUGGCAGAUGCCCUCCGGCUGAACGGGGAGCUGCACGAGGCCACCAAGGUCAUGCAGGAUGCCAUAAACGAGUUCAGCGGCACGCCGGAGGAGAUCCGCGUCACCAUCGCCAACGCGGACCUGGCCCUGAGCAAGGGCAACGCGGACAUGGCGUUGAGUAUGCUGAGAAACAUCACGCCCAAGCAGCCCUGCUACAUGGAAGCCAAGGAGAAGAUGGCCGACAUCUACCUGCGCACCCACAAAGACAGGAGCCUCUACGUCGGCUGCUACCGUGAGCUCUGUGAACACCUGCCUGGCCCCCACUCCAGCCUGCUGCUGGGCGAUGCUUUCAUGAGCAUUCAGCAGCCCGAGAAGGCCCUGGAAGUCUACGAAGAGGCCUGUAGAAAGAACCCGCAGGACGCCUCCCUGGUCAGCAGGACCGGACAAGCGUACGUGAAGACACACCAGUACACCAAGGCGGUUAACUACUACGAGGCCGCGCAGAAGAUAAGUGGACAGGACUCCGUGCGCCGCCAUCUGGCUGAGCUGCUCCUGAAGCUGAAGCAGUUCGGCAGAGCGGAGAAAGUUCUGAAGCAGGCCCUGGCACGCGGCGGCGCAGCCACAGACAUCCCGUCCAUGAUGAAGGAUGUUGAGUGCUUGCUUUUGCUGGCAAAAGUGUACAAGAGCCACAGGAAAGACGACGUCUUGGAAACUCUGAACAAGGCCUUUGACUUCCAGUCUCGGAUACUGAAGCGCAUUCCUCUGGAGCAGCCGGAAGUGAUGCCCGCCCAGAAGCAGCUGGCAGCCUCGAUCUGCAUCCAGUUUGGCGAGCACUACCUGGCAGAGAAGGAGUACACCAAGGCGGCGCGGUCUUACAAGGAGGCUCUCUCCUACUCUCCCGCGGACACCCAGGUGAUGCUGGAGCUGGCACGGAUCCACCUGCUUCAGGGGAACCUGGAUUUGUGCGAGCAGCACUGUGCCACCCUCCUGCAGAUGGAGCAGGCCCACGAGACUGCUUCUGUGCUCUUGGCUGACCUGAUGUUUAGAAAGCAGAAAUACGAAGCAGCCAUCAGUCUCUACCGCCAAGUCCUGGAGAAAACGCCAGACAAUUUUUCGGUAUUGGAUAAAUUGAUUGACCUGCUACGAAGAAGCGGCAAACUUGAAGACGCUCCUGCCUUCUUUGAGUUGGCCAUGAGAGUGUCCAGCCGGAUGCCUCUGGAGCCAGGGUUCAACUACUGCAGAGGCAUCUACUGCUGGCACAGAGGACAGCCCAACGAAGCCUUGAAGUUCCUAAACAAAGCGCGCAAGGACAGCACUUGGGGCCAGAGCGCCACCUGCUACAUGGUGCAAAUCUGUCUGAACCCAGACAAGGAGAUUAUGGGUGGAGAGGCUUUGGAGAACCUGUCCGAGAGCAGCGCUGCCGACAGGAAGGAGUCGGAGCAGCACGGCUUGCGCACGGCCGUGAAGCUGCUGUUGGAGUUGUGCCCAAGCUCGGCCCUGGACCACACCCAGCUACGGCUGCUGCAGAACCUCUGCCUGCUGGCCACCCGGGAGAAAGCCAACAUGGAGGCGGCGCUGAGCACCUUCAUCGAGAUAGCCCAGGCCGAGAGGGACAGCGUCCCCGCCCUGCUGGCCGUGGCGCAGGCCUACAUGCUGCUGAAGCAGGUCCCCAAGGCGCGCACGCAGCUGAAGCGCCUGGCCAAGGCCCCCUGGGUGCUGCCCGAGGCCGAGGACCUGGAGAAGAGCUGGCUCCUGCUGGCUGACAUCUACUGCCAGAGCGGCAAGUUCGACCUGGCCUCGGAGCUGCUGCGGCGCUGCGUGCAGUACAACAAGUCAUGCAGCAAGGCCUACGAGUACCUGGGCUUCAUCAUGGAGAAGGAGCAGUCCUACAAAGACGCGGCCACCAAUUACGAGCUGGCCUGGAAGUACAGCCAUCACGCCAGCCCCGCCAUCGGAUUCAAACUCGCUUUCAACUACUUGAAGGACAAGAAAUUUGUGGAGGCCAUUGAGAUCUGCCACAGAGUCCUCGCGGAGUACCCCAACUACCCGAAGAUCAGAGAAGAGAUUCUGGUGAAGGCGCAAGUCUCCCUGAAGCCCUAGCUGCGGUCAGGCGGAGGCUUUGUGCAGGGGUGGGCGGCGGGGCGGCCGAGAAAGGGGAAUGCGGACAAUGACAUAUGCUUCCCCACUUCCAAA